AUGACUUGGUCAUGGUUCGCCGUACCUAUUGAUAGUCAGAAGGGAGCCGCCCAGCAAAGCUAUAUAAACCUCCCAAUACAUCUCGUAUCCCCUCAGUUUACUCAGCUUUCCAAAGACACAGACAAAGACAAAGACCAACUAAACCCAACGAUGAUGAUGUUCUUCUUCGCUGCCCUUACCGCCCUCGCCGCACCAGCUCUCUCCGUCUCGGUCACAUACGAUCAGACGUACGACAACCGCCAAGGUUCCCUCUCCACCGUCGCGUGCUCUAACGGUAUAAACGGCCUCCUCACGCGCGGCUACAGGACCUUCGGCGACCUCCCCACCUUCCCAAACAUCGGUGGUGCUUCGGCCGUCACAGGCUGGAACUCCCCGAACUGCGGCACCUGCUGGGAGCUCACGUUCACCGACGAGAACAACAGGAAGAGGAGGGUCAACGUCCUGGCAGUUGACUAUGCUGCGAACGGGUUCAAUAUCGGGUUGACGGCGAUGAACCAGCUGACGAAUGGACAUGGCGUUGAAUACGGUGUUGUGGAUGUGGAUGCCAAACAAGUCGCUGCAACAGUUUGUGGGAUGCCCGCGAAGUAA